AUGCCGCUUUUGAACAGCACGCUGCGGAGCACGCUUCCUGCCGCCUACGGGGACUGCACCAACGUCGACACCAGGCCGCCAGAACCUUGUCAGGGCGACAAGCCCUUGAUGAACCAGACCGGCGACGGCGGCUACAUCCAGGCCGUGUGGCUGGGUGGCAUCGACACCCUCUCGCUCGACAGCUGCCACCUGUGGAGGGACAAGCAGGCGUGGAGCAGCGAGGGCCACGUGGAGGACAUCCAGUACCACCUGAGAAUCCAUGGCGUCUUCGACAGGGUGCUGCUGUUCCUCCACGUCAGGCAGUGCGGGCCGUUCGGCUGCACGAGGAUGAACUCUGCCGACAACUGCUGCGGGGACAACAUCAGGUUCCAGCUGACCUUCGUCAUGAAUUGCAGGCCAAAGCAUGGUCUCGAUGCCUUUCAAGACAUCGGCAUUGAGGACGCAGAGGUGGACCCGAUGAUUGUGAAGGAGGAGCUGCUUGCAGGCGCCCUGGAGAUCGACGCGCUGGACAUCGCGCCGCAGGUGGAGGAGAUCGUCAAGGGCAAGAUUGCGGAGUUCAUGAGCGCCACCCGCCUCCUGUGGGCCGGCAG